CUCUGAUGCAGGGGGAGCCAUCAUGGCGUCGAUGCAGAAGAGGUUACAGAAGGAAUUGCUAGCCUUGCAGAAUGAUCCGCCCCCUGGAAUGACUUUGAAUGAGAAGAGUGUAGAGAACACCAUCACACAAUGGAUUGUGGAUAUGGAAGGAGCCUCUGGUACUCUUUAUGAGGGGGAGAAAUUUCAGCUUCUUUUUAAAUUUAGUAGUCGAUAUCCCUUUGACUCACCUCAGGUAAUGUUCACAGGAGACAAUAUACCUGUCCAUCCUCACAUUUAUAGCAAUGGGCACAUUUGCCUGUCCAUCUUAACAGAGGACUGGUCACCGGCUCUUUCAGUGCAAUCUGUCUGUCUUAGCAUUAUUAGCAUGCUGUCUAGCUGCAAAGAGAAGAGACGGCCUCCUGAUAAUUCCUUUUAUGUACGGACGUGUAAUAAAAAUCCAAAGAAGACAAAAUGGUGGUAUCAUGAUGAUACCUGUUAAUACAAACAUUCUAGAACUCCUGGAGGAAAGAAGUCCUACUGACAUAUUAAAGCACUUUUUUAAAUCAUAUGGUCUCUGAACUUUAAACUUGGACUCAGACCACAAACAUGGGAGAUGAUCUCAACUGCAUUACCAUUAGCCAGUUGGAUGCAUGUUUGGGGAAAAAACAGAUGAAGAAUGGAAAGUUGAUUUUAAAGUGGAUGGAAAUGAACCCAUCGUGGGUUAGUGUGGGGAAAAAUUAAGAUUUCUCCCAGAAAAAGGAACUUUUUGUAGUGAGAUGAGUUCUGUCUUGGACCACAAGUGUUACUGUUAAUUUUUACCGCUGGCAAGUUUUUAGGUCCAUGUGUCUCGUGCAAUAACUAGGAAGGGUCCAUGGCUGGGCCAACAAUGAGAAAUCCAAAUCAAAAUGUUGAAAAAUUGUCUGGCUCAGGUAACUUUUUAAGGACAAAAUACCCAUCUUUAAAUAUUCCUAAAAUAUGUAUUUUCAAUUUAAUUACCCUAUAUUUUCUCCUACAGGACUGUUACAUAGUUUAGGAAAAAAUUUAUAAAAAAUGAAAAAAAUCCAGUGAGAAUAAAAUAAUAGUUAUGUAUCUGAUUUGAUGCAUAUAACUCGUAAAAUUGCAAGUGAAAUUUGUUAACUUGGCAGCAUGGUCUAUAUUUAAAUAGACAAAUGAUGUUAUUGCAGAGCACAAAUAUAAUAAUAGUUGGAUUGUCUGCACUUUUUUCCCCCUCAAAAUUAUUUGUGUUGCUAGAGUCAAAGAUUCUUAUUUUUUGUGUUUGCUGGGACAAAAAGCCCUUUCAUGAUAUUCUUUCCCCAACAGUUGUAUAUGUUUGAUGUACGGUAUUCAGUAGGUAGAUUUUAUACCAGGGGCGUCUGGCCCUCUUCAGCCAAUCACGGCCUGUUUGGCAUAUCGCCAUCCUCCCUGUUUCACAGCCGGCCAACCAGGAAAAAUCCCAGUUCUCCCUAUGGCCAGUCCGCCCCUGUUUCACACUGUUUAUCAGCUUCAUACACUCCAAAGAUGUAUUUCUUAGCCAUUCAUUCAGAAAUACUUGAAUAGUCCAAACUUGGUUGGUUUGUCUUCUUUUCCAUUGUCUGUGGUACAGUGUACUUAGACUUCUAAGUGAAUGUGUUGGUGUAGGAAAAAAUGGAGAUUGCCAUGGCUUUCUUUUGCACACAAUAUCAGGAUGCUUUAUUAUAUGUUAAUGUGUAGUUGUCUAUACUACUGAAAGAAAAUGUGUACAAAUUGCAACAGGGCUAAACUGAAUGUGUGAUUGGUGGCUGAGUAUUAUUGUGGUGUGACACCUGUCAUCAUAUAACAAGAAAUCAGUAAGUGUAUAUGCAAUUAUGGUAAUGUAGACAUGGCUGAUAAAAUAUGUUUUUUUUUUUGUUUGUUUGUUUGUUUUAUGAAGGGUUUAUUUAAAAUUUGGGUUGCAAGGUGUUACGGAAAAAAUCGAAGGUGAGGUUUUUUUUAUAGUUUGUUUUUGUGUAUACAAAUUAUGUAAGCUGUGCCUGGUAAUUUAAUGAAUAAAACCAGUUUUGAGUCAGUUUUAAUACUUCACACAAUGCAUGACCACAUGGCUUAGAACCUGUGAUGCCUUGAACGAAAAAUAGCCAUGAAUAGCUGAUAAUAAUGAAGAUGAUAAAGUUUAAAAUUCACAAAAUCACGUGCAUGCUUAGGAUUUAAUAGUAGAAACACUGUACUUAUCCAUAAUUAUAUAUGUAUAUACACUCACUGACUACUUUAUUAGGAACACCUGCUUAUUCACGUGAUUAUCUAAUUAGCCAAUCGUGUGGCAACAGUGUAAUGCUUAAAAUCAUGCAGAUAUGGGUCAGGAGCUUUAGUUAAUUUUCACAUCAACCAUCAGAAUGGGGAUUUUUUUUAUUUGGGCUGUGGCAUGAUUGUUGGUGCAAGAUGGGCUAGUUAGAGUAUUUCUGUAUCUGCCAAAAACAAAAAAACAUCCAGUGAGUGGCAGUUCUGCAGAGGGAAAUGCCUUGUUGAUCAGAGAGGUCAAUGGAGAAUGUCCAGACUGGUUCAAGCUGACAGAAAGGCUACGGUAACUCAGAACUCUGUCUCCCAUGGUCACUCAAUCAUGCCAAGGUCAAAAUCACCAAGGUCACAUUUUUUCCCCAUUCUGAUGGUUGAUGUAUACAAUAAAUUAAGCUCCUUUUUGUUUUUCCAUGGUUUGCAUAUUAAAAGUGCAUUACUGCCACCUAUUGCUUAUCUGCAGAGACACGUUACCUAGGCUACUACCUGACACUAUUCACUGGACCUUUUAAGGGCUCCAGCUUCAGCUGACCCUGCGUGUUCAGCUCCUCCAGCAUCCACACAGAGCCCCUUACAUUCCAGAGUAAACACCCUACCCCACCUAACCCUUAAAAAUAUAGAAUAAUGAUCAUUUAUUCGAUAUAAUAUACGAUAUUAAACUAUAAUGUUUAGAAUAUUUAUAUGCAAUCUACUUUGUUACAUACUCUCUUAAUUUCAUAUUACUCCACUUAAGCCUGUACUUUCCAAAAAUGAAAAUAAUAAUGAUGUUGUGUUUUUCCAACUACCGGAUCUAAAAGAGUCUUUAAUGUUAACUGCCCUCCCAUCCUCCUCAACACCUCUACUUCUGUCUUUCCACUAUAUAUUUCCUGCAAUUAAUUAUUACAUACUCCACUGACUCAUCAUCUCCACAUCACUCACAAUGACCUGUAGGAUGUUAAUAAGUGCAAUGUAAUAUUCAGCCCUGUAUGUCCCAACUUCAGUCUAGAUAUUAUAUUUUCUUCACACCUGCUCUUGAAAUCCUGCUUUUCGCUACUGUAGACUGAAUUGCAUAUACAUGUCUAGCCCUUGUUUCUGUAUUCCAGUGCUGCUUCCCUAUCCUUCUAGUAUUCUUUGUUUGGCAGCUGAUAUUUGCACUAUGUGUAAAUGGUGACAAAAAGCAUCUUCAUUGCACUGAGUGCAAAUAGUGUAAGAUGCUAUUUGCUCUCCUAAUUAAAUACUAACA